AUGGCUCCUGGCAGCGGCCGCGAUUUCAGCUGUCCUUGGGAUGAGCCUCAUUGUGGAAAGUCGUUCAAUCGCAAGUCAGAUCUUGGCAGGCACUAUCGUAUACACACCAACGAGCGACCGUACCAAUGUACCUACAAGGACUGUCAUAAGAGCUUCAUCCAGCGGAGCGCAUUGACGGUACAUUCCCGAACGCACACGGGAGAGAAGCCUCAUGUCUGCGACCAUGAAGGCUGUCGCAAGGCCUUUUCCGAUUCCUCAAGUCUUGCUCGCCAUCGCAGGAUCCAUACAGGACGGCGUCCUUAUAUUUGCCAGGAGCCCCGAUGCGAUAAGAGCUUCUGUCGUAAAACUACUCUCACAAAGCAUCAACAUCGCUCCCACCCAUUAGGAUCGAUGGCUCGAAUGCCGUCAGAAGAGACUGUUUCGGAACACUCAUACUCUACACCUGUCACUACCUCUCAUCCGAACGAGCAGUAUCUCUUAAGUCAACAAGCGUACUACCCCAAUGCUCCCACACCGACCCAUGAAUUCUUCCCUCAACAAAAUUUACCGAUGCGCCCAGUGACGAUGCAGGAACACCCGCCGAUCAUCCAUAGUAAUAUUCCCGUAACCUCGUCCGUCGAGGUGCAGCACGUGCAGCAAUUCAUGCAAAUGAUGCAACAACAGCAGCAUCAGCAACAUCAGCAACAGCACCAGCAGCAACAACAACAACAACAACACCCGCAGCAGCAGAACCAGGGCUUUGAUCCACACCGUAUGGGAUUCAUGCCAGUGGAGUACCAACAACCCGUGUAUACCGCACCAACUAUCGAAAGCCAGCCGCCCAUGCCCUAUGCCUCAACCCUUGAAUACAAGCCUCCUGUUAUGCGACUGUUAAAUCAACCAGAGGGAACAGAUUUUGCGUUCCUUGGAACUGGGUGCUAA